AUGGGGGACAGUGCCCAGGAGGUGGCAGCGUCACCCGGCAGACGUUUCCACCCCGACGGGCGCCCCAAGCACCCAUGGGUGCCAGGGCCCCGCCGCGGCUCCCCAGCCGCCCUCUUCAUCCUCCCACCCUCCGCCUGCUGCCCAGAGCCCGCCGGGGUGGCCAUCGCCCUGCCUAAUUACGGGGCUGCGGCCGGCACACGAGGCGGCUGCGGCACGGCCAUGGCAGGGCUGUGCGCGGGGUUCAAUGUCGACGUGAAGCGCCCGCGGCUCUUCCACGGGCCGGCCGAAGCCCAGUUUGGCUACAAGGUGCUGCAGCGGGCAGGCGGCGGGGAGAAGUGGCUGCUGGUGGGGGCCCCUUGGGACGGCGACCGCCAAGGUGACAUCUACAAGUGUCGCGUGGGACCCCCCAACGCCACGUGCGCCAAAGCCAACCUCGGAUCCGCAGCGCCCUGGCUCUCCCCCGGCUCCGGCCGCAGCGUGCACCUCGGGAUGACCCUCCUGGACUCCAAGGACGGCGGCUUCGUGGCUUGCGCCCCACUUUGGUCCCAGACGUGCGGCACCUCCGUCUUCAGCACCGGCAUCUGCGCCCGGCUGGACGGUGACCUCCGGCCGGUGGGGACGAUCGCGCCCCCGGCACAGCGCUGCUCCACCUACAUGGACAUCGUCAUCGUCCUGGACGGCUCCAACAGCAUCUACCCCUGGUACGAGGUGCAGAACUUCCUCAGCAACAUCCUCAGCAAGUUCUUCAUCGGGCCCGGCCAGAUCCAGGUGGGGGUGCUGCAGUACGGGGAGCGGGCGGUGCACGAGUGGGUGCUGGGCCGGUACCGGACGGCCGAGGAGGUGGUGGAGGCGGCCAAGAACAUCAGCCGGCAGGAGGGGCGGGAGACGCGCACGGCCUUCGCCAUCCGCCGGGCGUGCACGGAAGCCUUCAGCCCUGAGCGGGGCGGGCGCGCGGAUGCCACCCGGCUGAUGAUCGUGGUGACGGACGGGGAGUCCCACGAUGGCGAGGAGCUGCCCGAGGCGCUGGCGGAGUGCGAGAGGCGCAACGUCACCCGCUAUGCCAUCGCGGUGCUGGGGCACUACCUCCGCCGGCAGCAGGACCCCGAGGAUUUCAUCCGCGAGAUCAAGUACAUCGCCAGCGACCCGGAUGAGAAAUACUUCUUCAACGUCACCGACGAGGCCGCCCUCAACGACAUCGUGGACGCCUUGGGCGACCGCAUCUUCAGCCUGGAAGGCACCCACGGGUACAACGAGAGCUCCUUCGAGCUGGAGAUGUCCCAGAUCGGCUUCUCCAUCCACCUCCUGGAGGACGGGAUCCUCUUCGGCACGGUGGGAGCCUACGACUGGGAUGGGGCCGUGCUGGAGGAGAGCCGGCGCGGCCGCAUCGUCCCACCCCGGAAAGCCUUCGAGAAGGAGUUCCCGCUGGAGCUGAAGAACCAUGCGGCUUAUUUGGGUUACGCCGUCUCCUCACUGCGGCUGCAGGGCGGGCAGCGCCUGUACGUGGCCGGAGCCCCCCGCUUCCAGCACAAGGGCAAGGUGAUCCUCUUCGAGCUGGAUGCCGUGGGGACCGUGACAGUGGCCCAGGCGCUGACGGGGGAGCAGGUAGGGGCUGCCGGGGGGGACAGGCGGGCCUGGGGAGGGGGCGCGGAGCACACGGGGCCGGACCCGGACCCGGCACGGUGGGGUACCGAGGGCCGCCCUGUGCCCCUCCAGCGGCUCCUGGCCCCCGCUGGCACCCUGCACGCCGACAAGAAGCCACAGGACUCCCGGUUCGGCUAUGCCCUGGCCGCCGUGCCGGAUCUCAACCAUGAUGGCUUCAAUGACGUGGUGGUGGGGGCUCCGCUGGAGGACGGGCACCGCGGUGCCGUCUAUGUCUACCAUGGCGCCCCGGGCACCCUCCUGCCCCAUUACAAGCAGCGCAUCGAGGCGGCGGCGCUGGGCCCAGCCCUCAGCUAUUUCGGACGCAGCGUGGACGGGCAGCUGGACCUGGAUGGGGACGGGCUGGUGGACUUGGCCGUGGGGGCGCAGGGGGCGGCCGUGCUGCUGCGCUCCCGCCAGAUUGUCCAGGUCAACACCUCGCUGACGGUGGAGCCCUCAUCCAUCAACGUCAUCCAGAAGAACUGCCACCGCGGCGGCACCGGCGCCGUCUGCCUCCGGGCCAAGGUCUGCUUCCGUGCCGAGACCCGAGCCCGGGGCCAGCGGGAGAGGGAGAUCGAGCUCCGGUACAACGUGUCCCUGGAGGAGAGGACGCCGGGAGCCCGAGCCGCCUUCGACUCGGGUGCCCGGCGGCUGCUGCAGCGCCGCCUCGAGCUCCCGCUGGGGAGGCAGAGCUGCGUCCGCUUCCCCUUCCACGUCCUGGACACCACGGACUAUCUGCGACCCCUCAGCUUCACAGUGAGGUUGGCCAUGGCCGAAUCCACCGGGCCGGUGCUGGAUGAGACGUCCCCCACCACCAUCCAGAAGCUGAUCCCCUUCUUCAAGGACUGCGGGGAGGACAACGAGUGCGUCACGGACCUGGUGCUCCGGGCCACCAUGGACAUCGUGGGCUCCAGGCAGAGCCCCCACGUCCUGCGCAAGGGCAGGAGGAAGGUGGCGGUGGACGUGGUCCUGGAGAACAAGAAGGAGAACGCCUACAACGCCAGCCUGCUCCUCCGCUUCUCCAGCAACCUCCACUUCUCCAGCCUCGCGCUCCAGGUGACGUCCCCCCCUCCGCAGGACGCCAGCCCGGUGAAGCUGGAGUGCACGGCGCUGGCGGGCCCCCGCCGGCUCUGCAGCGUUGGCUACCCCGUCUUCCGCUCGUUGGCCAAGGUCUCCUUCGCCCUGGAGCUGGAGUUCAGCUGCUCCGUCCUCCUCGACCGAGCCGAGGUUGCCCUCGAGGCCAGCAGCGACAGCACCGAGGCAACGCCGGAGGACAACACGGUCCAGCUUUCUGCCCCCAUCCGCUACGAGCCCGACCUCUUCCUCUCCAGCGAUGCCAACCUGCACCGCUACGAGGUUCACCCGCUCGGCACCUUCCCCCACGGCCCCGGCCCCGAAUUCAAGACCACGGUGAAGACCUCCUGCACGUGGACGGGACUGCGGCAACGCCUGGUGCCAGGAGCUGAGCUGCCGGCUGGGGCGGCUGGGGCGGGGUGGCCCCCCACCCCCGCCCCCCCCCCCAUCCACAACGACUUCUUCCGCGGGGCUAAAUUCAGGAGCGUGAAAGUCAUCAGCAGGGCCUGGCUGGGGGUCCCGGGGAGCAGCGUGCUGGUGCUGGAGGAGGGGGCACAUCGGAGGGAGACGGUGCUUGAAAUCAUCCAGGCGAAGCGGGUGCCCAUCUCCCUCUGGAUCCUGGUGGGCAGCAUCCUGGGGGGGCUGCUGCUCCUGGCGCUGAUCAUCUUCUGCCUGUGGAAGCUGGGCUUCUUCACCCGCAAGAAGCUCCCCGAGGAGGAGGAGGAGAAGGAGGAGCAGUGA